GUGUAUAAUUUUCAUUCUGCCUAACCAUGGUGCACUACUCUGUUAGUCUGUCACAUAACAUUAAGUAAAAUAAAUUGAAGUUUGUGUUUUAAAGUGACAAAAUGUGAAAUUGCAGAAGUUGCCAUCAGGCUGUGAAGAACAUGAUUUAAUUGACAACUAAUUUAAAUGUAAGGAAAUACUUUUCAUUGGCUGCAACUCUAUUUCUCUUUCAGCAACCAAUGCUGAAAGAGAAAUCGGAGGAGAAAACAGCUAAUACUGCUGUCUGUAUUUUGAUAAGCGUUUCCUUCAGAAAGCAGGAAGUCUGUGAUUAAAGUGAUUAUUUUGCAUUUGUUGUUUAAGAUGGAUUGACUUGUUUUCUUCAGAUUGGGAGCUGUUCCUUAUUGCUCACCGAGCUCUCUGUGUUUUCUCAUGAAGCCCAAAGGUAAAGUUGGAACAAAAGGAAAGAAGCAGAUCUAUGAGGAGAACGAGGCAACGCUCAAGUUCUACACCAGAGUCAUCCUGGGAGCCAACGCAAUAUAUGCUGCUGUGAAUUUUUUAGUUUUCUACAGUUCCUCCACCUUUUGGACCUGGCUGCUGCUGCUGUUCGCGCUCGCCGUGUACGUUGGGAGCUACCGCUCCAUGUCGGCCAUGGCCAAGCCCGCGUUUGCUGACGACGGGAGUCUGCUGGAUGGAGGAAUAGACCUAAACAUGGAGCAGGGAAUGGCAGAGCACCUAAAAGAUGUAAUCUUGCUCACUGCCAUCGUUCAAGUGCUUAGCACCCUCUCUGCUUAUUUCUGGUACCUUUGGCUGCUGGCCCCAGCUCGGGCUCUUCACCUGCUUUGGGUGAACUUUUUGGGCCCCUGGUUUAUGGCGGAAAACCCCUCGGCGCCGGAGGAGGUGAAUGAGAAAAAGCAGAGGAGGCAAGAGCGCAGACAGGUGAAGCGGUUCUGAUGCUGCGGAGCGGACUGAGCAGUAUUUUUAUACACAACACAAUCUAAUAUACAGAAAGCGGGGAACUCAUAAGUUAUGCAGGAAGAAAUUUUUUUGUUAUUACGUUAAAUCCAGUUGAAAUCUGAUACAGUGGAAUCUUGUUUUCCGUGUUUGUUUUCUUUCCGCUUUCUCCUGUAAUCAAAUUUUCUCCCUAAAUUAUGAAAUGAAAUGUUCCCUAUUUAGAUGAUGCCUCCGUCCAAAUCGCAUUCGUCUUCAUGACAAGAUUUACGAGUUUAGCUCUUGCAGAAUGCACCCCCCCUGCUGAUCUUUUUUUUUUUUUUUUGUUCCACACCACUGUCCAAAACAAACUUUUGUAAUGUCAUGUCUUUAAUUUUAAUUUUAGUUUUCCUUGUUUUUAAGUCCUCUGUAACAAUCUAUGUAUUGUUGUCACAAAAUCAAACUUGAAAGCCUUAAUAAGAGGAUGGGAACAACUUUGCAAUAAAAAUUCUCCGUGUGC